CUCACUCUGCCCGCUAAUGUCACCAGCCCCUUCUCCACAUACCAAUGGAACACAACGGCACCGGCCAAACCAAAAACCACCUCCACAGACUCUCAGACGACUAUGAUUACUACUACUACCACACCAAAUAUCUCUAUGACAAUUAGUACUAUGACAACGCAAGCUUUAACUCCAACACCUACAUCAACAACUGCAUCCAAUAUUACUACUUCAGCUGCAAUUGACGCUGUGACAAGUGAUGGGCAACUUUUGACGACGGCUUCCAUGACAACGCCUUCGACUAGUACUAUGGUUGUGACUGAUUUUGAGGAAACUACAAAUGUUACAUCAAGCACUUUAGAUACAACCACAGCUAAAACUGAAGCACCAAGUACUACUCUCAAGCUGACCACUACUACCACUGAAUCUAGCACCACCAUCACUACAACAACUACACCGGUCCCCACUACUACUACUACCCCUGUCCCAACAACUACUACCACAACUACUAUAGCUACAACUACUACUACACCAGCAACUACUACAACCACUGAGCCACCUACGACUACUUCCACAACCAUUGCCACUACUACUACUACUACUACUACUUCGACGACGACUACACCAUCUACUACUACUACAACACAAGCUCCUACUACUCCUCUCUUUACUCAAACUACUCCUCCUUCAACCACGACCACAGAACCACCGUCCAGCACCAGCAUUGAAGAAAGUGCUCUGCCCUGCAACAUCACUGAGAAGUACUACGUCAAAACAGUUUUGUCUCUUGAGUUGCGCAAAAAUCGCCUGGACCUGAUCCUGAAGCAGAACCUGGCCAAAGGACUGAGCCACGCCCUUCAGAGAGCCCUCAAUGACUCCUCAGCGUAUGCACAGGUGGAGCGUGAUGACUGCGGCCCCCAUAAUGUGACCUUGGUUUACUACGUGACCAGUGGUAAAACUGUCUACAUCGCCUCUGUGGUGGUGGACGCUCUGAAUGUCUAUGGAUUUGACAAGUUGUUGUCAGAAAUACGGCAGCACACUCCACUGGUCAAGGCUGUGCUGGUCCCUGUGGCAGCACUGAUGCCCAACCCCAGCAUCCAUCUGCAGCUCAAAACAGUUUUGAGGUUUGUUGGCCCUACAGACCACAUCUACUCCUGCAGCUUUGUCCAAACUCUGGAGCAGAGGCUGGAGAAUGCUUUUGAUGAGGCGCAAGACAAAGUGCUGGAGACGUACAGCAGGCUGAGUGUGGAGAUCCUCAGUGUUCAUCAGGACCCAGGCUCUCCCUCGGUUUCUCUCAUCUACCUUGUGAAAAACCAAGACGUAAUUCUCAAUGGGACCAUUUCCAGCGGGCUCCUGAACCAGCUGACUGCAGAAUUGGUUGGGUACUUCCUCUUCUACCCACCCCUCAUCAUCGCCGAGCCCCUUGAAUACCAUAAUCUCAACACAUCAACCGCCACAAGGAACUAUUGGGUCAUAACAGUGAUCCAGGAUGUAGACAGCUCCUCCCUGGAGGCCAACUACCAGAGCUUUGCCAGUCUCAUGGAGCAGAGGCUGGCAGAGCUCUUCCUGGUGGCAGGAAGGCAGGGCUCCCAGACGACUCGCUCUCGCCGCGCGACCACUGUGGGGGGCUACACUGUGCAGAUGGUCAGCAUUCGUCGUUUGCCUGGCCCUAAAAAUCCAGCGGAGAUGACCUACUACGCCCAGCACAACGGAGCACCCAUCACAGGGACCACUGCCGCCAAAACCCUGAGCAGCCUGGACUCUCAAACCAUGGCUCUGACCCUGGGCUACUUUGUACAAGUCCAGGCUGAACCUGUGGUAAAGACCCCGCCCAGUGACCUCUGGAUCAUGGCUGUGCUCACUCCUCUCUUCUUGUUGAUGGUGGUUAUCGGGAUGGUGGCCUACAUCAUUUGCAAACGGAACAGAGUCAUUUUUAAAACAGGCCCAUUCAGAAACUUCAAGUCCCGCUCUAAGACUUCAUAUCGUAGAGAAGGCAGUUACCACCACCAGCCUGUCCAGGGGUUUGACUACGCUAAAAAGCACUUGGGUCGUACAGAUGAUGCUGUUUCAGUGACAAAAGAGACGCUGGUGCUGGGUCUCCCUGUGAGAGACGCUCCUCUGUCCAUGUCUCUAGACAAGAAGGUGCUCCAGGACGGGACGGGCGGCAAGAGACCCCCAUCGACAGACAUCAAAGGAGGACGGUUGCCAAGCGAAGAGGACGGCUCCGUCUCGAGUAAUGGCUCUGGGAAACUGAACACCAGCAAGAGCUCCUCAGCCCGCAGAACCACCAACGGUAGCAUCAGCAAGAGCGCCAAAGAGGAGCUGCACAAGAGGAGCGACCCUUAUGAGGACCACUCCAGCUCUCUGCGUCUCAUCACCAUCAAACCCAUGACAGCUCAGCCUACCUACUCUUACCCUACAUCCUCGUCCCACAGCCAGGACUCUGUGUUACCCAAUGGAGAUGCAAAUCACAGUGGACUGAAGCCGAAGCCUGACAUUGAGCACUACAGAAACAAACUGCGGCAGAAGCCUCGGAGGAAAGGCUACGGAGAGUUUUCUCUGUCUGAGAGUGGUAGCCACGGAUACGGCCGUCGCCAGUACAGCUGCAAUGGACUAAAGGAGCCCAUGACCGCUGAGGAGAAGAGGGCCUCGUUCGCCGGCUGCCACAAGAGGUACUCUCACCCGCGGGAGCCCACAUACUGGAGCAGGCAGUCUCUGAGCAGCCCCAGCCCGGUGGAGACAGAGAUGGACCUGCUUGUGCUUAGAGAGAGGUCCAGGAGGGGCAUACGCAAUAACGGCUACGAUGGGGAGCCGGAGCCAUUUGAAGAGACAAACGUGGACCGCCUGAUGACUUCUCUGGGCUUCGGUGGGGGCUCCACGGGCACAGGGACCGGCAGCCUGGGAGUCAAAGCUCACCGCGGCUCUGACUCCUCCACACUCAGCUCUCAGCCGUCCAUUGACGAGGUCCGCACACAGAUGCAUAUGUUGCUUGGCAACGCCUUCAGCCUGGCACCUCCGGACCAUGACCCACCAUCUCCUCCGACUAACCACCAUCGCCAUGCCCACAGCGCCUAUAACCCAUCCCAUGUGAGCCACUACAGUGAUGGAGUGACCAGCGCCCCAGGGACCAUGAACCAUCCGUGUGGAGGCCGACAGAGGAGUGUGCCCUAUGAGGACAUGCACCAGUGCAGUCUCCCAAAACCGGGUUUCCGGUUCACCCAGCUGCCUGACAUGGGCAUAGGAUCUCCACCUCCUCCCCUGGUCCCUUCAAGACCUCCACCUGGGACCUCAAUACGACGUUCCACUCCUGACAUGAGCCUCAAGCCUCGUGUGACCGAGGCCUCUGAGCUGCAGGCUCAACAACACAAUGGUGCCCCCUACCUGCCAUUGUCCAGAACCCCAUUCCCCGCUGUCACUGUUGAUCAGUCUAUCAGUACAUACUCAGGUACAGCUACAGGAAACCCAAUCACAGCAGUGUAUGCUAUAUCAGCCAACCGGCCCGGGUGCCUUGACUACUUUGUCAUGUCCCCGCCGUCGUCAUACCGCAGCCCCUCGUGGAUGUCGUACCCCCCUGAACCAGAGGACCUCCCUCGUCAGUGGAGUGACGCUCCUCAGAACUCACGACACCUGGAGACAAUUUGCUGAAGUGUCAUAGCCCUGACACUGAGUGCAAGCAGCAAACUCUAGUGUUAGUGGUAUGGCAGCCAUCUUUUCUUGGUUCAUUCCUGCCCUCGUUCAUUUCCCGCUCAGGUCCUCCUCCUGCUCCUCUAUCUGGCUCUUCAUACUGUCCCUACACCAUGGACUGCUUCUCUUAGUGAUGCAAAACUUCAAAAACAUCUGCUCUUGUAUCUUCUCUGCUCCUGAGCCCGUGAGUCCCAACUCUGUGGAGACUUGUGCUGUCAAGGCACCAAAUGGCAGGCCCCUCGUGCUGCUGGACCGACCCAGCCACAGUCGGACUAAAGCGUAACACAAACUGCUGUCUGCCCAGCACAUGGCGGAAUAAAUCAGCCAUUGGCCAUUGGUCCAGUUCUCCUCUGGACCGGACCAUUUGUAUUUGGGACUUCUCACAUAAGUCCAUCACAGCCAGGAUGUUGGACUUCAAACUGUGCUUUUUCUUAUGUAGACCAUCUAGCGCUGACUAAUAUGUGUAUGAAAAAAACCCCAAAAGGACAAAAAAUCUUGUCUUGAAACGUCUGAAAUUGAUUUUUUUGGAUAUAUGUGUACUUUGUCUUUUACUUUUGUGCAUUAAUUAUUAUGAAUUUAUUUAUGUAAAAAGACCUAGAAGUGUUUCUCUUUCACUUGCUAUAUUUUAAGGCAAAAUGCAAAGAACUCGAUGGCUUAUAGUUGUCUGUGAUUCCAAUGGCAUUUCUGUACUUCUUAAAAUAUUUUUCAGUCUUUUUAAUUUUCCUUCAUUGAACAAAACACAAUGAACUCAUCACUGUGUAAUCAUUGGAUUACUUUUUGCUGUCUGAUUUUGAACAGACUCCAAAAACAAGCUCAAAAUUGUCUGGCUUUAAGAAUGUUAAUGUCCAGUUUAGUGUUAGACCAGUUUUAGUAUCAAGUCUAGAAACAAAACAAAUCAUUGUAUUUCAAUUAUCUCUUUUUAGUUGUAUAAAAACACACUGAUGGCAUUAGCAUUCAACUGAUUUGUUUUAGUUUCUUCUACAUUUUACUUAAACUUGUCUACUGUAAUCUACUGUAUUUGAUUUUGUGUUUUUAGCGCUGAUGGAAAGUAGACACCACAUUUUGGUAAAGUUUUGAGACAUUGAGGGUCACUGGGAACCAAUCUGUAAGAAUUUAAUGUAUUGCUGUACAUAACAGAGGAUUUAAUGAAGAGUUUUAUGCAAGUUACGUGGGAGGGUAUGCAGGACAUAUUUCAUCAACAUUUGGCCAUGCUUUAAUUUGCAGUACAUGGUACUGCAACAAUGUACUUACAUGGAGGUUAGGGUGGUCCUAUUAUUACAUACUAUUAUAUCGUACUAAAUGAGUUAGGUACAUCAGUAUAAAAUGGUUACUUCAAUUGUUAUUAACUUCAACUUUGCACUUUGGAGAAGGAUGUGCUAUAUUACUUUGAAUUUAUAGAAUUACAUAUACAAUAUACAUUUAAGCAGGACUGUGAGUGAAUUCAUGGAAAUAGUGGCAAAUUCUUUGGAGCACUGACAGAAACCAUGGGGCCUACAAUGUGAGAUUACAACUGUGUUUUAACAGAGGCCUCGUGAAAAGAGUGAGUCAAAAAGAGUCAAGAAUGUGGAUGAAUGGUAUAAGGUUAAUCUGACUGCCAGUGCAGAUAUUAUAUAGAUAAAUAAAUGCAAUUUUACUGAAGGGAAUGUCAAAGCCAACUGACCUCAUUUUUUCUGAGGAGAAACAGAGGAUUAUCUAGAGCACAUUAAGUGAUAAUAUACUGAGAAUGGUUGAUCAGAGCAGACAUGAAUUCAUGAUAGCUUUAGAUAUUUAUCCAAGUACAAUGAAAAUGGAAAAACAAGUGAAGCCGAUGAAAGUAUAUGACUGUAGUUAGAAGGAAAUGUAUAAAGUAUAUGAUGAAUUUAAACAGAAUGCUAUUUUAUGAUCUGAACGGGGCUGUGCAAAGAUGAGUCACUUGAUCCUUUUCCUUUUUGUACUUCCAUUUAUAGAAAAUGUUUUAAUUGGAAGCCAAAAAUGUAUUAUUUUGCUCUGUAAUUGUGUUUAUAGCCUGUAGAUGGCACCAUAGACAUUGUUGGAUUGAAUGCUGAACUCCAAACCUCAUAAAAAGUUUAUUUUCAGAUUUUAUUUUAUUUAUUUAUUUAUU